AUGGCUUUUAAUCCAGGCUCCAAAAGAUUUUCAAGCGGUAUUUAUGCCGUCUCCAGUCGCCCCGAACAUUUGGAGAUGCUCUUCAGACAUCGUGAAUACGACCUCCAUAAUCAUGGAGACAACAUGUCUGAUGGUGGUGUUGCCAGAGAAGAUACUUCGGCUCAGCGCGCCGCACGGACUGUAUUACGGCUGACUGUUGCUGAAGUGCAAAGACAGCAGCUCAGCAGAGCCAUUGCUCGAAAACACGAGAAAGAGCAGACCAAGUUCCUGAAGAUUCCUGUAGCUCUGAUGAGCCGACCGCAUGUCGAAGUCCAAACAGAUCUUUAUCUUCAAGAAACGGCGGUUGUUGUAGAUACAAGAGAUAUGCACAGCCAGACUGAUGUUCACAUGGAGAAGCCACCAUCGCCACCAUACAUACCUGCCAAAAUUGGCAAAGAUUUCGAGGGUCAAGCGGAGUUGUUUGACUUUGACGUGGAGGUGCAGCCAGUGGCGGAGAUCCUGGUGCACAAGACGAUAGAGCAAACUUUAAUGGAGGUGAUGGAGGAGGAGGAGCUGGCCUGUCUGAGGGAGCAGCAGAGGGUCUCUGAAGAACUCAGAGCAAGAGAGUUCGCAGAAGUGAUGCGGCUUCAGGAGCAGGAGAGACACCACACAGUGGAAAAAGAGCGCAGAAUUACAGAGCAGAGGGAGGUCCUGGAGAAGGAACGAGAGACUGCAGAGAAAGUUGCUGCGCGGGCGUACACCCAGCAGUACCUGGCUGAUCUUCUGCCUGCAGUCGUCACUUCACUCAGAUGCGAUGGCUACUUUUAUGACCCUGUGGAGAGAGACAUUGAGCUUGAGUUCUUGCCAUGGCUAAAGACUCAGCUUCUGGACAAUAUGGACAAGAGAACCAUGACAAGACAGAUUCUCGACACUAUUAUUCUCAAUAUCGCUCAGAUGAGACAGGACAGGUUCAAGUAA